AUGAGUAAACCCAACAUCUCAGCAAAUAUUGUCAUAGUUGGUGCAAGUGCUGUUGGAAAGACAAGUUUGUCGAAUCAGUUGG